AAUUGUUGUUGCAUUUGCAAGGAUUAUUUUUCACAUGCUGUUUUAUGCCAGCAGUUACGAAUCUUUUGUCUUCAAAGACACAAAGACUAAAAUAUACAAACCUUUAAUUUUACUAAGUGUUUGGUUUGGAUGUGAAACUUGACCCCUCACUUUAAGUGAAGAUCAUAGACUUUGUUUGAAAACAGGGUCUUGAGGAGAAUAUUUGGAUCUGAGAGGGAUGAAUCUUUGGUUUUGCAUAAGAGGAGAGGAAACAUUUUGAACGUGCGAGUGCCUAUCAGUUUGUUGAGAAGGAAUCUGCUGCAUGGAGUUUAUUUUAUAGUGAUGGGAAUGUUAACAAAAGCUCUGUAGAUGGACGCUCGUGCCAUCAGUAUUUUUUGAAAAUGUAAAUCUCUUGUGAUGAUGGCGUGAGUUGCAGCCGUUGAUACCGCACGCUCUAUGACUGCUCUGGUGUCACUUCUUUACUUACCAAAACCAUUCCAAUGUCCAGAAUAUCGGGAAUAAUUGCGGUGUUGCUUGGUGUAGGGAGAGGGGUGGAGGGCUGAAUUGAUCCUCCAGUCAGUCAGUCAGUCAGACAGACAUGCAGUUGUGGCAGGGAUGGAAACAGGCGGAGUGGUGAAGGAACUACAAGCAGCUCUGUUCCCCGUGUGUGCUAAAGGUAGUUACUUGAGCAGUUUCCUGCAGAACACCCUCAAGACAAACCAAGUGGAGAUUAAUACAGACAGUAGGACGCUGAGACCUGUAGCAAAAUUAAAGGAACCAAGAGAUCUUUUUGCUUCUCCCAAGGAAUCAGGUUGUCCCCAGGGAGCAGCUCGGUGGCCUGCAGAAUGUCAGGUUUUGGAAGAACGUGUACAACAUAUAGAUCCUCCAGUUUUGGCACCAGAAAAGUAUUACCAACCUACUGGUUGUGAAAUGCAACCCAAGCCAGUGGGAGAAGAGGCGGGCCAAGUGGUUUUCCAGUACUACCCUAUCAGUGCUGUGAGCUAUUUUAGCCGCUCAAGUGUCGGAGGUAGCAAAUACUUCCUGGAUUCAUGCCCCUGUGGUGAUCGAGUAGAGGGUCUACGUUUUGAGUCUCGCUUUGAAUCCGGGAAUCUUGCCAAGGUGGUGAAGAUAACAGAAAGCUACUAUGAACUGUACCUUCGCACAGACAUGUACACCAAUAGGCACAUACAGUGGUAUUAUUUCAGAGUUGAGAAUACAAAGAGCCACAUGCUGUAUAGGUUUUCUCUUGUGAACAUGUGCAAAGCAGAGAGUCUGUAUAGUGUUGGCAUGCGACCAUUGCUUUACUCAACUAAAGAUGCUCAGUUAAAAGGCAUUGGCUGGAGAAGAUGUGGCGACAAUAUUACAUACUAUAGGAAUGAACCAUUGCCUGGUGAAGAGGACCAACUUCCUAGCUACACUCUGACUUUCAAUAUUGAAUUUCCGCAUGACGAUGAUCAGGUCUACCUGGCACACUGCUAUCCAUACACAUACACUGAUCUGCAGGAUUACCUUGUACAGUUACAGAACCAUCCAGUGAAGUCAACAUACAGUAAACUUCGCCCUCUGUGUCGCUCGCUGGCAGGGAACAAUGUGUACUACCUUACAGUGACAGCACCGUCACUUCAAGAUGAAUCUAAGAAGAAGAAAGCAGUAGUAGUGACAGCCCGAGUCCACCCUGGCGAGACUCCUGCUUCAUGGAUGAUGAAGGGCUUCAUGGACUUCCUGACAGGAGACAGCUUACAAGCUAGAGAGCUGCGAGGCAAGUUCAUCUUCAAGCUGGUGCCAAUGUUGAACCCCGAUGGAGUGAUAGUUGGCAACAACCGCUGUUCUCUCACGGGACGUGACUUGAACAGGCAGUAUCGCACUGUCAUCAGGGAGACAUAUCCGCCCAUCUGGAACACAAAGCUCAUGAUUCGCAGACUUUAUCGCAGGUUGAUGGAAGACUGUGGAAUUGAAAUGUACUGUGAUCUGCACGCCCAUUCACGCAAACACAACAUCUUCAUUUAUGGGUGUGAAAAUCGGCGAUCUGCAGAUCGUCGCCUGCAGGAGCAAGUAUUCCCACUGAUGUUGCACAAAAAUGCUGCAGACAAGUUCUCGUUUGAGAGCUGUAAAUUCAGGAUCCAGCGUUGUAAGGAAGGUACAGGCCGAGUGGUGGUAUGGAUGAUGGGUGUUGCAAACAGUUACACGAUGGAGGCUUCAUUUGGAGGUUCAGUUCUUGGGGGACGUGCCGGCACGCACUUUACCACGCAGGACUAUGAGCAGAUGGGACGUCAUUUCUGCGAGACGCUGCUCGACUUCUGCGAUCAAGAUCCAAGCAAGGAGAGACUUCGUUGCAAGAUUAUUAACAGACUUGUUCAAGAAGGGUCCAGUGCUGAUGACCCAACAAAUAUCAACCUCUCAGACUAUUCCAGUGAUGUGGGUGACACCAGCAGUUUGUCAGAAGAAGAGGGUGCAGGUAUGGGGAUUGUGCCAAGAACAGAAGGAUGCUGUCUACCAUUACGAGUACCACCUUCAUCCCCUGUCUUACCCAGAAGAGAGAAUCACAAAACUGAUUUACCUCCAGACAACAAGCCAGAACAUGCAUCAGUUGCUCCAGCUGCCUCAGACUGGAGCCCUGCACCCCAGCGAACUCGGCCCACUCUUCUGAUACACAGGACUACAAUUGACUUGGGAACAGACCCUGGUAGUGAUCUUAAUGAUCCAGCUACAGAUUCUGAAGAUGACAGCUCAUAUCGGCACCACCGUAGUCAGAGUUGUGAAAAAGCUGAUAUUUCUCCUGGAAGAGUGUCGACAAACAAGUGCAUAGUCAGCAGUGAUAUGCCUCCAGAACUCAUUGUGACUUCAGCACAAGGUCAAGUGAUAAGUGUAGAUUCAUAUGAGAAGCAGGCUGAUGGUGCUGCCACCUCAGGGCUUCAGCAAAAACAUAUGGAGAAAACUCGACACAGAUCAAGCCAGAUGUCUGUUGGUGUGAACCGAGCAUGUAAGAUGGCUAUUCCGCAGCUGGGGACUGAAAUAAGAUGGACUAGGCAGAGCUCGUUGCUGCGAAAAAAAAUAUGGACGAGCAUCCCUUGCACCUGUCACGAACCGAAUGCUCCAACGCAUUGGAGUGGUCAUGGAGGUGAGGCGUCAACUUUGCAGGCCUGCUCACGGAAACUUUCCAAUCUUCAGAAACAAAAACGUGACCCAGUGGAAAGGAGCAGAAAGCCUAACAAGAAACAAGGAGAAGACUGCAGACUUCUCAGAGCCUCAGUUUCAGAUAUUUCUGCAGGAGAAGAGACCAAGAGGAAUGCGAUCAUGAAAGAGAUUCGGACAAGUAGUAGGAAACAUCUGCACCAUGAUGACAUUAGAAAAGUACAUAAAGGCUCGAGUAAUGAUACGUCUCCUGGAGAAGAUAUGGAGAAUAAUCUUGCUGAUGUGAAGAAACUGUUGCGACAGAAGUGCAAGCUUCAGAAAUGGAAGACUAGUAGUAGCUCAGAAUAUAUGUGUGAAACUGUUGGUAAGACUGAAUCUUUGCAUCAACAAAAGAAACCUCAUAAAUUCGAACCCUCUCCCCAUGCCCAUCAGAGGAAAGUCUGCAAGAAACCAAGCCUUAAGUGGAAAUUCUGUCAUGCCGUUGCAUCUGUGGUGACAACCCAUGACAGUAAUGCCAGAAACCUAGUUGACCUGACAGGCUCAACUUCUGAGUCAAGUACUGAAGACAAUAAGCUAGAAAUACCAGCUGUAAGAGCAAGCAGUGCACACAGCAAGAAAAAGAAGAGGCAUAAAUCAACAGCUGGACACAAGAAGUCUCGACACGUCUCGUCUGCCUCAUCUGUACUGUCAACUUCACGUAAACAGACAAGCAGUAAAAAGCUGGUGAAAACCUAAUGGUGUUAAUGGUCAGAAGUCUUCUGUUAUCUGAUGUAACAGGAAUUUGACUGGAGCGACCAGUAGAUGAAAUAUAAGCGUGACUGCAGUUGGAUGACUUUAAUUGUGCUGGUCUUCGUGGGGUGAAUUGGUGUCCAUAAUUGGCUAUAUCAAUAUGUAGUUUAGCUAUCCCUGGCCUAGAUGGUGUGUGGCAUGAACAGAGGUGUCCAGAACUUGUUCCUCAACUUGUACUAGUGACACCACAAAUCGGAGGUUCAUAUUUGUCUUUUCUAAUUUAAUAUGUCUGAUAGGAGGUUUUAAAAUGGGCAUUCUUUUGAUUUGUAGGUCAUCCAAACCUUCAUUAAGAAAGUAUAGAGUUUGUUACUAUGAUUAUAAAUAUAAUUUCAUUUUGAAAUUUCCAAGAUUUGUUCAUGGUUCAUGUUACCUGCAAGGUUCUGGUCUGUAGUUGCAAUGUGUUCUGUCAUGUUUAUUGAAUUUAAGUUCAUCCGUGUUGUGACAAGUAUGUGCUUUCCUGUCUGAUGUCUUACUGUCAGGUUUCUGCCUCUGUAAAACAUGAAAUCAGUGGUGCUGCUGCUAUUAUAUCAUCACCCUUACAAAAGAAAUUUAUUAUAUUAUAUCUAAUAUAAUGAAUUUAAGACUUAUGUUCUGGAGUUGUAUUGUGGAGUUGCUCUUCUAAAACUUCAUACCAAUCACAUGAAUUUGUAAGGUGAGCAUGACAGUAGUGCUGUGUAAUAUAGGGUUCUGAAUUUAUGUAAGGUAGUAAGUCUUCAAACGGCAUGCAAUUUCACUGAAGAAUGUAAAACAUGUCACUUAGCUUUAAGUUUGUCAGUGUUACUGGAACUAGGAAUAUGAAAGUGUGUAUGAUGAUGUUGCCUGUAAGUCAACAACUACAAACAUGUUGGCGCUAGAAACUCGGAGAUUACAUCUGACAAAUCUAACACAGGCUGAGCCUGUAUGUAAGAAGUGGUAGAUGGUAACAAUGACAACAAGGGAAAUUUGGUGGCACAGUGAUUAACACUCCAGCUUCAUAUUUCAGAGGUCCCAGGUUCUGAUUUUGCCUGGAAAUAAACUCUUCUGAGGUUUUUAGUGGUUUUCCUCAGUCCCUUCAGGUGAAUACUGGGAUAGUACCUUAGAUGAGGCUACAGCCAUGCCCUUCUGUAUCUUUUCCAGUCCAUCAUCAUUAAUCAUCCUAGUAUUUGAUAUCACAUAGUCUGAGGUACUGAUAGCAUCAUUUAGUAAACCACAAAUAAACAACACCAAACAUGACAACAGCAGCAGUAACAGCGAUUUGUAACAUACGUACAUUGUAUUUUAAUUAUGACAUACCAUGUGUUGUACAUGACAGAAUUAUUUGUAGGUACAGUUUCCCUUCUCAGUCAAACAGCAACUUUGUAUAAUAUAGAACAUUAAGCACAAGUGGUUACAUGCUUUUGUAUGUGACAGAGGAUCAUUGUCAGACCUCGAUAUAGCAUGAAGGUGGAAAGGAAAAAUGUGCGUAGAGAUUCUUCUGUUAUAUUUUCAUUUGGUUCAUUUUAUCUGCAUAUGAAUGGUGGAAAAGUAGUAUGAAAAAUGCCAAACCUAUUGGUUCCUGUGAUAAAAACAUCUGCCUUAAGAAUUACGUCUUCUGGUUAUUACACAGUUAACAAGCUGUUUUAUUGUUCAAACAAAAGUAGUUCUUUUUCUUGUGGUUUUGUGAUAAAGAAAUUGUAUGUCAGCUCUGUUGAGUAUAUGGCAGUAAGGGUGAUAUUGAUGUUUGAAAAUACUGGAUUAAUAAAUGAAAUUCCACCAAAUGACAUGUCAUUUGGCACGUGUGAUUUCUUUUUGUGACCAGAUAAAUGUGCACAUGAAGAAAGCCCACAUGAAAAUUCCGCACAGAAAAAACCCCACUGUCAUAAAUGCUCACAUGAAAAAUACCCACAUGGAAAAUUUGACACAGAUAAAUGCUAGUUCCUAAUUAAAGUUGAUUAUCAAGAGCCACAACAGUUCAUUGGUGACCAAAAUGCAGAAGGUCCAGUGUGCAUUGCAAAUGUUUUGCAGAAUAUUUGUAUUUUAAUCCAAAUUCCAAGCAUUGCCAGCAAAAUAUAUUGUUCAAUUCUUUUUUGCAAGCUGUUAACCAUGGGUAUAAAUCAUGUUGCCAAAACCAGAAACCUCCAGUGCAAAGGCAAGGGGGCAUGUUGGUAUUUUCUUAGUGCCCUUUAUCCUCCUUUAGUGGAUAUAUUUUCUUUUGGACAUGAUUGGCAUUUUACAAACUGUACUUUGUGUGUUUAUCUACUAAAUGUUUUAUUCAGGUU